UCAUAACAGAGCGAAGCUAACAGCUAACAGCUAACAGCAGAGAGAAAACACACCGGGAGGUUUCCGUUCAUUACCGGACAGCAGAGCACCGGACAGCAGAGCACCGGGCACAUUACCGGGCAGAUUACCGGGCAGAGCACCGAGCCUCCGCAGAGAUGCCUGAGACUGAGAGCUACUCCAACCCGCUCGCGCCUGACGGGCACGAGGUGGACGAUCACCGCGCGGCCGCGCAGUCAAAGCUAACCAACGAUGACUUCAGGAAGCUGCUGAUGACGCCGCGGGCGACGCCCUCGUCGGCUCCGCCCUCCAAAUCCCGACAUCAUGAAAUGCCGAGGGACUACAACGAGGACGAGGAUCCUGCAGCUCGAAGGAGGAAGAAGAAGAGUUACUACGCUAAGCUCCGUCAGCAGGAGAUGGAGCGAGAGCGCGAGCUAGCGGAGAAAUACCGCGACCGAGCGAGAGAGCGCCGAGACGGAGUCAACAAAGAUUACGAAGAGACGGAGCUGAUCAGCACGACGGCCAAUUACAGAGCAGUGGGCCCCACGGCGGAGGCAGAUAAGUCUGCAGCAGAGAAGCGUCGGCAGCUCAUCCAGGAGUCUAAGUUCUUGGGAGGUGACAUGGAGCAUACUCACUUGGUGAAAGGUCUGGACUUCGCUCUGCUGCAGAAGGUCAGAGCUGAAAUCACCAGCAAGGAGAAAGAAGAAGAAGACAUGAUGGAGAAAGUCCAGAAAGAGGCCAAGAAAGACGUGGAGCCGGAGGAGAAGAUCGAGUUUAAGACUCGUCUGGGCAGGAACAUCUACCGCGUGGUGUUCAGGACGGGUCAGGUGGAGAGGAACGAGCUCUUCCUGCCGGGCAGGAUGGCCUACGUCGUGGAUCUGGACGAUGAGUUCACCGACACCGACAUCCCGACAACCCUGAUCCGCAGCAAGGCUGACUGUCCCAGCAUGGAGGCUCAGACGACUCUGACCACCAACGACAUCGUGAUCUCCAAGCUGACUCAGAUCCUGUCGUACCUCCGACAGGGAACUCGCCACAAGAAGAUGAAGAAGAAGGAGAAAGGUAAACUGGACGAUAAGAGAGCUCCUGAAGCUGAUAUCAGCAUCUUUGAGGACAUCGGGGACUACAUCCCGUCCAACACCACGUCCUCCAAACCUCCCAAAGACAAAGACCGCCACCGAGACCGAGAGAGAGAGCGGGAGAGAGAGCGGGAGAGAGAGAGAGACAGAGAGAGAGAGAGAGAGGACGACAGCAAGAGCCGCAGACACAGUUACUUUGAGAAGCCACGAGGAGACGAGCAGGUGCUGGACGUAGACUCAGGUCCUGGAUCAGUCAGAGAACAGAUCAAAAUGAUCAAUGAGAAGUUUGCAGGAGCAGCAGGCAGCCAAUGGCCGGGCCAGGAUUCUGCUCCAGGACGGAGAGACAGAGACGGGAAAGAACAGCUGGGAGAUUUCUUUGGAGGAUCGAACUCAUACGCUGAGUGUUACCCUGCUACGAUGGAUGACCUGGCGGUGGACAGUGAUGAAGAGGUGGACUACAGUAAGAUGGAUCAGGGUAAUAAGAAGGGUCCGCUGGGUCGGUGGGAUUUCGACACUCAGGAAGAAUAUUCAGAUUAUAUGAACAACAAGGAAGCUCUGCCCAAAGCUGCGUUCCAGUACGGAAUAAAGAUGUCCGAAGGGAGAAAGACUCGUCGCUUCAAAGAGACCAAUGAGAAGGCAGAACUGGACCGCCAGUGGAAGAAGAUCAGUGCUAUCAUAGAGAAGAGGAAGAAGAUGGAGGCUGACGGGGUCGACGUGAAGAGACCCAAGUACUGAUCACUUCCUGCCAAGUACUGAUCACUUCCUGCCGCUCCGCCAUCAGUAUGGAUCAAUAAUCUUUGUUAUUAAGCUCAUGAGUCUUUAGUGAGAUCAGCUGAGGUCAAAGGUCAAAGGUCGAUCAGCUGUCAGGAUUUUAAACAUCAGUCUGUUAAUAAAUUGAUAACUUUAAUAGUUUGAUUAGUUUUGUUAGAUUUGAUCAGAUAUGAAACAUAUUGAUCAGAAACUCGUCAAUAAAAACUUGUGAUGUCA